ACCGACAAUACAAACGGAUAGAGACUAGUUCCAAUUAACUGACAAGGCAAACUCUAUUCAUCUAGUCAUUCUCAUUUUAAGCACUCAGUUGUUAAUUCAUAGCCUCCUAAUAAUGAAAAUGAAGUAGAGCGACAGAACAACUCCUUGACUUCUACAAACCUUCCGACCUCGGAACAGACAUCUGUUCUAAAAAGGCAAGAGACAAUGUAUCGGUCCACAAAAGGAGCGUCCAAGGCUCGGAGGGAUCAAAUCAACGCAGAGAUUCGGAACCUCAAGGAACUUUUGCCAAUCUCCGAUACGGACAAAGCACGACUGUCCUACCUACACAUCAUGUCACUUGCCUGCAUGUACACCAGAAAAUCGUUAUUCUUCUCUCAAGAUUUUCGUCAAGACGAAACCACGGACUUAUUCACGUUUCCCGAGCUUUCCGAGAUGAUGAACGAAUUUUCGGGUUUCACGGUACUCCUUACAAGUGACGGAAAACUUCUGUAUCUAUCAGACAACGUUGCAGACCACCUUGGACACUGUAUGGUGGACUUGGUUGCCCAGAGUGACAGUGUGUAUGAUAUUAUCAAUCCUGUUGACCAUUUCGUUAUGAGGAACAGUCUUGUAAGUCUACCAACGGCCGAUACUGACACAGAAAGGUUAUUUCGAUGUCGCUUCAAUACUACAAAGUUUAUACGGCGCCAGGGUAUGAGGGACCAGUUGAUGUUAAUCAGAGCUCGCUGCCUCACCCCACCCUGCCCUGCCUCCAAUUACUGGAUUUCCAACCCAGUAUGGGUGUUUUUCUGUACCCCACUAAAGACAAACACAAUGGCCAGGAGUGCCCCGCUCACCCCCCCUGCUGAGCAGUCCUUCCUGCUGGCUUGUUUUCAGUCUCAACACCAAAGGGACAUGAGGCUUUUGGAUGCAGAGGAAAGUGUGUGUCUGUACCUGGGCUACGAUGUCAAAUCUCUACGCUCCCGAUCCUGGUACAGCCUGAUCCAUCCCAGGGAUCUGUCCCAUGCCUGCGAACAACACCAAGUCCUCUUGAGUGGAGGAGGGGAGCGGAAAGUGGAGGUGGUACUGCAGGUAGAAGCAGCCGACCACUCUUGGGUCUGGCUUUAUAUGAUCCUCCAGCUGAACAUUGGAGAAGCCCCUGUCAGCUGUCACAACUACGUCAUCAGUGAGUCAGAGGCGUGGUCAAUACGCCAGCAGCUGUGUUUGGAGCAGAACCAGUUCCCUGGGUUUUUGGGCUCUGGUGAGAGUCUGUCCAGUCCAGAUCAGGUCUUCACCCCAAGCAGCAGUGGCCUGUCUGCCCACUCUUUUGACUUCAGCACCACCCCGGCUGGUGGGAGCGCUUGUGAGGAGCUCAUGCAACCAGGUGGUUCUGUUCCUGAGUUAGGCCUGUCACCUCUAGAUGAGCAGAACCUUCCCCAGAUACCUGGAGGACAACACCAGUGGGAAUCAAAGACAACCAAUCUCUCUGUUGGACCGACCACAGUGUACCCUCCUCCCUCAAUGACUGACCCAGAGUCUGACAUUCAGACUCAGAGACGGACCUCUGUACUUAAAAGGUCAGAGCCCCUCCCCUCCUACCUCACCAAGCCCCUUGCUCCUCUAUCUAUGCACCAACCUCAGCAGAUGGGGGAGUUUGCAUGCACUCCCCCGUAUACCCCUCAUUAUGGAUGUGGACAUUUUCCUUUUGGGGAGAAACUGCAACUCAGUUUAGAUGAAGCUGUGGCAUGCCCACUGGACCAAACCGUUAUUAUGUCAUCAUAUAGGGCCCCAGCCCUCCACUCUGAUAAUCAUCAAUGGAUUCAGUUCCCAGCAGAGACCCAGACAAAGCUGCCCACAACCACCAAUAGUUUUAGGACAAAUGAAUGCUCCAUUGUGGGCCUGCCACAAAUAAGGGGGCCCUUGUAUGUGAAUGUUCCCCAAAGGCCCCACCAUGGCCCUCUGAAUGAGCUCCCCCUUACACCAGAUGCCUCACCCACACACCCACCCUGCUCCUUCUUCUCCAUAGACAGUGAGCAGGAGAGAGAGAAGGAGGACAUUUCUCUCUUGGCUAAAUAUAUUAGCUCUUUAGCUGAGGGAUUUAGCUGUGACCCUGUUCUUCCUGAAGUAACCCCAUCCAACUUGCUGUCCAAUUUCAACUUCCAGGCCACAUCUCAGAAUUCCCCUUUUGGGAAUGAGUGCGAGCCAUGUCAGGGGCCAGACGCAGUUCUUAGUCAAGAUGAUAUCUCUCCAUAUGAGGAGAGCGUGUUGCUCCAGAGCCUGAUUAAGGAGCUGUCGUCUUUACCUUUGUCCUCUUCUUCAUCCUCCGCUUCUCCCUCUUCCUCUGCCUUUAACUCAUCCCCCCCUUGCUCGCCACUCACCCCAGUCGCCAAGUGUAUCCCCAACGUUGUCGAGGGUGAACCUCCACUUGAUAUUAACCACAUCUGUAGCGUCCAGCCGACGCAGUGUAGCCGCAUGGCAGUAGUGGGCGCUAUGAUGGCUGUCAGAACAGAGCCAGUAAAACGCACAGAGGACUCGUGUGAGAUUGGGAUGGACGUUAAAGCAUCAGCAGAGCCUCAACUACCACUGCCAUCGUCAGCCAUCUCUUUCACAGACUUCCAGGAGUGUGCCACUGCCCUUGUCCAGCCUAGUCCUGCAAUCGGUCUGCCUCAUGCCCAAUCCCUUCUGGAGGAGCUGGGUGCCAUGGAACCUCUGUUUGAGGCCGAUGCCUCUUUCACCCCAUCUUGGGGUCACAACCUGAGUUGUAUCAACUCCCACUCAACCGUGCAUUCGCCAAGCUUUUAUCAAGAUGGAAGCCUGCGUGACCAUGCGUUCUAA